UCAUCGAGAGAGCCGCGUUGGUUCAUCCAUCCAGAUUAUCGAUCGUCCAUGGAUCUCGCCGCUACAACUGGCUUCAGACUUACCAACGCUGUCGCCGUUUGGCUUCCGCUUUUUCAAACCGCUCCAUCGGCGCCGGAGAUACGGUACUUCUCGUUUCCCUCUAUGUUUUUUUCCAUUUUUGCUGCUUGUUAAUUGUCGCUGCGAGAGUGAUUCUUCUGACUGGCCUUGACGGAUGGUUGUCCUCCAUGAAAUAUCCGGAAUCGGCGAGUGCCGUGUGGAAAGUAAUUGCUGGAUGAAUCUUUUUUCUUUUUGGAUGAAAGUCAACUUGAUCAUGGAGGAGAAUUAUCGCAGUAGGUUCUAAAUAGGAACCCCUUUCUUGCAUAAAGUGAUGAAGCGUUGGUCGGAUUUUAGCCUUGUCAUGCCUACUUUAUGAUGUGGAAAGUCGGAACAGUGAAGUUUGUAGGCUUUAAUGACACUUAACAAAGCUUCGGGUAUUUGAUGACUCCUAAUAUUCGAUUACUGAACUUUCUCUAUUCAGUCUGUAGCUGUAAUCUUAAUUAUUUUGAAAUUCAUCAUGAAAUUCUAUAGGAUUGCGCUACAAGUAGUCGAUAGCGUUCGACGCAUGUUCCUUUUGAGCUCUCAUCUUGACUUGCGGAAAUUACGAGAAUCCAGAGGGUUUGAAAUCUGUCUGAUAUGUUAUCUUGGAAGUUUAUUAGUUAAAGUAGCAAUAAUUGCACCAAAUAUUCCAGCUAUCUAUGAAGCUCAUUUUGGAGUUCCCAUGGCUGGAGCUGUACUGAACUGUGUUAAUAUUCGUCUAAAUGCUCAAACAAUUUCAUUUCUUCUCGGUCACUCGUCAUCUGCAGUUGUUAUGGUGGAUCAAGAGUUUUUCCCCUUAGCAGAAGAAGCUUUGAAAAUUCUAGCUGAAAAGAGUGAUGGCCAUUACAAGCCCCCACUUCUAAUUGUAAUUGGUGAUGAAAGCUGUGAUCCGGAGGCACUCAAAUAUGCUUUAUCAAAAGGGGCCAUCGAAUACGAGAAAUUCUUGGAAACGGGCAAUCCUGAGUUUGCUUGGAAACCACCAGAGGAUGAGUGGCAGAGCAUUACUCUAGGCUAUACUUCUGGUACAACUGCAAGUCCUAAAGGGGUGGUUUUGAGCCACCGAGGGGCAUAUGUCAUGUCUUUGAGUGCAGGCUUAGUGUGGGGUAUGAAUGAAGGAGCUAUAUAUCUUUGGACUCUGCCAAUGUUUCAUUGCAAUGGUUGGUGUUACACUUGGGCACUGGCUGCCCUCUGUGGGACAAGUAUUUGCCUCCGGCAGGUCACAGCUAAGUCAGUUUAUUCAGCCAUAGCCAAGCAUAAAGUAACACACUUUUGUGCUGCACCUGUGGUUCUUAAUACUAUUGUUAAUGCCCCUAAAGAAGAUACUAUCCUUCCCCUUCCCCAUGUUGUCCAUGUAAUGACAGCAGGAGCUGCUCCACCCCCUUCGGUAUUACAUGCAAUGUCACAGAAGGGCUUCCGGAUCACUCACACCUAUGGCCUAUCUGAAACUUAUGGUCCUUCUACAAUAUGUGCAUGGAAGCCAGAGUGGGACUCAUUGCCUCCAGAAGCCCAAGCGCGAAUGAAUGCUCGUCAAGGUGUACGGUACGUUGGAUUAGAGGGUCUAGACGUCGUGAACACUCAAACAAUGCAGCCCGUUCCUUCUGAUGGAAAAACUGUUGGAGAGAUUGUAAUGCGUGGGAAUGCUGUUAUGAAAGGCUACUUAAAGAACCCAAAAGCAAACAAAGAGGCGUUUGCAAAUGGCUGGUUUCACUCCGGUGAUCUUGGCGUAAAACAUCCAGAUGGCUACAUAGAAAUAAAAGACAGAUCAAAGGAUAUCAUCAUUUCUGGAGGUGAGAACAUUAGCAGUGUGGAGAUAGAGAACACUCUCUACCAACACCCGGCGAUACUGGAGGUGUCGGUUGUCGCUAGGGCAGACGAACGGUGGGGAGAAUCUCCUUGUGCUUUCGUGACAUUGAAAUCCAAGGUAGAUAAGGGUAAUGAGCAACGAAUGGCUGAGGAUAUUAUGAAGUUUUGCAAGUCAAAGAUGCCAGCUUACUGGGUCCCAAAAUCUGUGGUAUUUGGGGAGCUACCAAAAACAGCAACUGGGAAAGUUCAAAAGCAUCUGCUGAGAGCGAAGGCCAAGGAGAUGGGACCUGUUAAGAUCAGCAAAUUGUAAUGAGUAUUGUUCCACGACAAAUGAGCUUCUGUAGGUAAAUGAGUUUGUAUUCAUUUUCCAAAGGUCAGAAACAAAGUUAAUAUAGAUAACAUAUAUGCAUUUAAAUAGUUAUUAGAAUACUUUGUUUUAGUACAUUCUAAUAAAGAUAUACUACUGAGAUUUGUGAUUGCCACUUCAAA